GCGCCCCCCCUUCCCUUCGCUGCGCGUACCCGAAGGAAAACUCCUGUGGGCUGUGGGCUGUGGCAUAGCUGUCUUCCUCUAGGCCUCUCUCCCCACAGUCCCACACUAGCUCCUCCAAGAACUCUCCUCUCGCCGCUUUUUCCCUCCGCGGAGAACUCAGUUGCUGCCAAAUCUCAUUACUGCACCGAGGAACGCGGCUUUGCCUCAGUCCCUUCCCCUGAUUUAUCUUCUAGCGUGGGAGUGAGAUGAGGACGGCGGCGGUGGCACUGCUGCUCCUCCUCUGCUGCUUCGCCUUCGCCGGCGGCGCUGCCGUGUGGGGGCAGGAAGGAGGGAGGGCCAUGGCGGCGGUGGAGGUGGACGCUUCAUGGCGGUUCCCGAGCCAGCGGCUGCGGGACGCGUACGUGGCGCUCCAGACGUGGAAGCAGCGCGCCAUCUUCUCCGACCCCAAGGGCCUCACCGCCGACUGGAUCGGCCCGGGCGUCUGCAACUACACGGGGGUCUUCUGCGCGCCGCUGCCUUCGUCUCCGGGCGAGCUCUCCGUGGCUGGCAUCGAUCUGAACCACGGCGACAUCGCGGGGUACCUCCCGCCGGAGCUGGGCCUGCUGGCCGACCUCGCGCUGCUCCACCUCAACUCCAACCGCUUCUGCGGCCUCGUGCCCGACGCCCUCCGCCGGCUCCGCCUCCUCCACGAGCUCGACCUCAGCAACAACCGCUUCGUGGGCGCCUUCCCGGCCGUCGUCCUCGACCUCCCGGCCCUCCGGUUCCUCGACCUCCGCUACAACGACUUCGAGGGCGGCGUGCCCCGCGAGCUCUUCGACCGCCCGCUCGACGCCAUCUUCCUCAACCACAACCGCCUCCGCUUCAGCCUCCCCGACAACUUCGGCAACUCCCCCGUCUCCGUCAUCGUCCUCGCCGACAACCACUUCGGCGGCUGCCUCCCGGCCAGCCUCGGCAACAUGUCCGACACGCUCAACGAGAUCCUCCUCAUCAACAACGGGCUCAGCUCCUGCCUCCCGCCGGAGGUCGGAUUGCUCCGGGAGGUGACGGUGUUCGACGUCAGCCACAACGCCCUCGCGGGGCCCCUCCCGCAGGAGCUCGCCGGGAUGCGUAGCGUCGAGCAGCUCGACGUCGCGCACAACCUGUUGUCGGGCGCCGUCCCGGAUGCCGUGUGCGGCCUCCCGCGGCUCAAGAACUUCACCUUCGCCUACAACUUCUUCACCGGCGAGCCGCCUUCCUGCGCGCGCGUCGUGCCGGCCGACGGCGGCGACCGGCGGAACUGCCUCCCGAACCGCCCCGCCCAGCGCGUGCCGCAGCAGUGCGCCGCUUUCUACGCCCGCCCGCCGGUCGACUGCGCGGCGUUCCAAUGCAAGCCGUUCGUCCCGCCUCCGCCGCCGCCGCCGCCCGCAUACCCCGGCCCCUUGCCGCCCGUAUACCCCAUGCCGUACGCGUCGCCGCCGCCGCCUGCACACUACCGAUGAUUCCUUUUGACAAGAGAAAGCGUUGCCGAUUUCAAUUUCCCUCAGCUGCCCUCCCUCGCCGCCAGAGUGGAAGAGAAUCAAGAGAUAGCGAUGCUCAUAUGUACGAGGUCAUUGUUGUGCGUGGAUUACCUGCUGUUGUUCCCUGAUUGAUAGCUACCGGCGUAAAGAAGAAUAUGGUGCAUAUAUAAUCCAUUUUGGUGUUUUCUUUUGCAUUGGUUGGUGUCUGUUUUCCGCGUCCUCAGUCCUCCUCCUCGUCAAUCCGCUAGCGUGGUGGUGAUGGCGAAAAGGAUUGGAGCUUGGCGAUGGGAAAUUUGGAAGGUGGGGACGAUUUGAGCUUGGAUUUGAUGGCUAAUUGGGUUGUGAAUAAUAAGCUGGCUGAGGAAAGACAGCUGUUUAUGAUGCCAUUGGGGAUGGGUUGAGGGUCAGAGAUAAGUUUCUAGAUCAAGAGAUUUGUCCUACUGAAUUCCUCUUGUGUCACAGCUACUUAGAGCUAUUCGAUUAUUAUGAUAUUUAGUUGGGUUUAUUGGGGAGGUUUUUUUUUUCUCCUAUGUAUUUUCAUGACACUAUGAUAUCUAUACUGUCUUAUUUUGUUGCCCAAUUUGUCUUUCUUAGUAUUUACAAUCAUACAUGUGUCA